CCCCGGGCUCCUGCCUGCGCUGCGCUGCGUCAGCGGGGAGCGCCCGGCGGUGCGAGGGAGGCGGCCGGAGCCCUGCGCCCCGCUGCCGGCCGGUCGGCCGGGGAGAAACUAACCGUGACUUUCCACCCCGCGCGCGUCUUUCCCGAAGCUUUCCCGCGGUUUGCGGGGAGCCAGUCGCUCCAGCAAUCAGAGCAAAAUGUACCUUCCGGGGACCAGCUGUUAGCAAGAAAUAUGCCGCAGUGCGUUUCUAACUGUUGUCCUGUGUACUCAGGCAGAAAUACAACUCAAAGAAGCGGGUUCCCGUUUUGCUGCCUCGCCCGGAGGCUGCAGAUCCCGCAGCUGCUUCUCUUGUGUGUGACCUGCCGCGCUCUCUGCUCCUUAGUGCAACCCGGCCUUGAAGGAAGUGCCAGCCUUGUGCAUCUUUUCAGGAACAGGUCAAACCAGGAGCAGGGCUAUUGUGAAACAGAAGCUAGCAUAGCCUCGUCUCUCAACUUUUGGACUCUCUCCUCUGAAGACCUUAUAGCUGUGUUGCCAGUUGAUCCUGUUAAAGAAAAUUAUGUUCGUAAAGUGAGAAACUGUAUUUUUUCAAUUGCCUUCCCUACGCCUUUCAAAUCAAGAGUACGUCUUGCAGCAGUUUCAAAGGAAGUUUUAGAAGAUAUUUUGGAUCUUGAUUUAUCUGUCUCAGAAACAGAUGCUUUUAUCCAGCUUGUAAGUGGUGAAAAGAUAGUAUUUGGAUCCAUUCCACUGGCCCAUAGAUAUGGUGGCCACCAGGUAAGAAUAGCAUCAGCACAGUUUCUCUUAUGUAAAAAUAAACAUCUGGUUGUAAGUGAUGAUGAAGUAUGGAGAGAUCAGUUCUACAAUGGGAACAUUGUGAAAGAACGAGGUGCAGUAGUGCUGCGUGUUGCAAAAUCAUGGUUUAGAAUUGGAUCGUUAGAAAUUUUGGCUCAUUAUGGUGAAUUGGAUUUACUAAGGUUAGAAAGACCGCUAAAAAGUGUUUGUAAUACUGAUAACUUCAGUUUGUUAUCCAUUACAAUUGACUAUGGUCCAUUUGGUUUUAUGGAGGCCUAUAAUCCAGAUUUUGUACCAAACACAUCUGAUGAUGAAAGAAGAUAUAAAAUAGGAAAUCAAGCUAAUAUUGGGAUGUUUAAUUUAAAUAAAUUAUUACAAGCUCUAAACCCAUUACUGGAUCCAGGGCAAAAGCAGCUUGCUGCUCAGAUUCUUGAGGGGUAUCCUGUUCUUUAUUACACAAGAUUUACAGAAUUGUUCAAAGCUAAAUUGGGAUUACUUGGAGAAAGGAAGGGCGAUGAUGAUUUAAUUGCAUUUCUCUUACAUCUCAUGGAAAAGACAGAAGCUGAUUUUACAAUGACCUUUCGGCAACUCAGUGAGGUUACGCAGAGCCAGUUACAGGAACUCAACAUUCCUCAGCAAUUCUGGGCACUCAAGACGAUUUCAAAGCACCAACUAUUUCCUGCCUGGGUAUCGCAGUACCUUUUGAGACUGAAGAGUAACAUGAAUGAUUCAGAUUCUGAAAGAAGAAAAAGAAUGACAAGUAAGCAGUCCUUUUGAUUUUUUCAACUUUAA